AUGGCUUUGCGAGCGCCGAGGUCGCCGGCCCUUGGGCAGGUGAGCGAGGGCGAGUUAAUUUGGCGGAGGGAGCGCCGGUGCCCCGCGGGAGGGGGGAGGGGGGGGGGGGACCGGGAAUGUCAGCUGACCUGGUCUCAGUUCACAGACAGAAAGGCGUUUGAAGGGUCUUUAAAGGGCAUCAGCGGCAGAAGCGGAGGGGUGGGGGACAAAGCCGACCCCCCACUGCCUGCCACUUUGCAGAGCUUGCACGCGAUGCGUCUCCACGGG